UCUAAUUGGCCCAUAAUAAUCUCUCGGACUGAUAAAAGGUGCUCUACAUUCAGGGAGCAACUAGAGUCCUCCUUGGCACAUAACAUUUGAAAGAAGAACCAAAAAAUAUACGGUUUUUGGCAGCAAAAUGAAGCUUUUUUUCCUCGCAACAUUUGUAGCAACAGUCUGCUAUGUCAAUGCAGGCAAGAGACAAAGGCUGCUUGCAGCUUUGAAUGGAGGAAUGAUACCAGGUGUGAACGGAGGAAUGAUACCAGGUGUGAACGGAGGAAUGAUACCAGGUGUGAACGGAGGAAUGAUGGGAGGUUUGAACGGAGGAAUGAUGGGAGGUAUGAACGGAGGACUGGCAAAUGGAGCAAUCCCUGGAAUGAUGGCUGGAGGCCUGAACCCACCCAUGGUUGCUGCCGGUGGGGCAGGUUUCUUUGGGCAGCCGCAGUUUGCUCAGUUUGUUCCUGGAGUUCCUGCUUUUGCCGUACCACCCCCUGUUCCGAAUGUGUACACUGUCCCUGCAGUCAAUGCGCUUCCUUUCAUGGGAGUCCCUCCAAUGGCACAAAUGAAUCCUCCUCAGCAGCCACUGCCGGGGAUCACAGGCGGCGGCAUGCAACAGCAGCUUCCUGUUCAGCCUGAUCCACUCAGAAGAUUUAGGCGUCAGAUUAUGAAACAGGAAAACGCCUUGAAGACCACUGUGGAUACUCAGAUUCCAGCUCCUGCUGAAACCACAACAACUCCCUGUGACAAAGAAGGUCAUCAUGAAGAUGACCCUGUUAACAAAAGCGUUUAAUCUAAUAUGCAAGAUUUGAAGUAAUAAUAAAACUUGACUUACAUGAUU